GCAUCUUUUCAACUUGCAUCUAGCGAGAGUCACAAACCGAUCUUACGCGGUAGAACAGCAGUGUGCCGUGUUUCAUGCUCGACUUUUCCAGCCUUUUGACUCGAGAAGCUGCUUAAGAGCCGAAAACGCGUCUCCCAUUUCUCCGCCGCCGCAACAGAAGCUGUGUUCCAUUUUCAGGUGACUGUGUCUUUUCCCGCAACCGAUUUUGGGGGUAUCCAUCUGUGCCGUACUCCGCGAGAGCACCCUGUGUAAGUAAUGCUGUGAGUCUCAUGGCUUACUCUACGCAUUUAUCCCCUCUGGGGUGGUGUCGGGUGUUGAAGAAUCCUUUUCACUUUCUCGUGUCGACAGAGGCGUUCUCUCGAGCGUCUACUUUUCUUGCGCGUCCCGUGGCAGCCGUGUCGCAGCCAUUUUCGCUCCGGCGAAACUGCGGAGCGCUUGGUCUCUCUGAGCAUCGGUCUGGUCUCGAGAACAUCACACUGGUUCAGGCAAAGAAGAAUCACACUCGCGCGCUCGGAACUUCCGCCCGUGCUGGCGGCUGUCUAGAAGCUGACGCUCCUCGCGGUGAUAGCGCAGCACCCACUAGUCAGAUCACUCUCUCUGUGGAGCUCACUCCCAACCCACAGGCACGGAAAUUUGUGGUUGUAAACGGUCCCAGCCUGAUUUCAGAGCCGUCCUCCGGUUCCUCGAGGAGCUACACACGACAGCAAAGACGACACGGAGACUCUCCCCUAGCUGACUGUCUAUUCAAGAUAGAUGGGACGUCUUCUGUGCUAAUCGCUGGAGGCUAUGUGACGGUGGUGAAGGCGAGAGAUACAGACUGGAAGGACUUGGAAGAGCCGGUAAAGCGGUGCAUUCAGGACCACCUAACGUCGGGGAUACCUGCUGUCCAGCGCGCUGUAUCUUCAGAGGACGUCUCUGGCGCCGCAGAGGGCCGGCCAGAGGUCCCGGAAAAAAAGAAUGCCAAAUCAGAGGAAGAGGAGGAUUUGUCUGAAGCGAUUAGAGAGCUGUUGCACAUGCGAGCACGACCGAUGCUGCAGGCUGAUGGAGGUGAUCUCGAGAUGAUGCGGUUCGAUGAAGAGACUGGUAUUGUCUGGGUGCACUUGAAAGGAAGCUGCGAGGGCUGUCCAAGUUCUCUUAUCACCGUCAAGAGAGGAAUGAAACAAAUGCUGCAAUAUUACAUUCCGGAGGUGAGGACGAUUUUACGGGUGGAUCGCAGUGAGCUAGAAGGAGUGGUCGCAAUUACUGUGGCUUCCCCAGAUGAGUACCACUCAACUCAGUGGGUGACUCUUCCAUCUGCAAAUGCGCUGUGUCACUUGACUCAGGUGGAAGACGUGCGUCAAUGCGACGAAAAUGGCGAUCCUCUUGAAGACGACGAGGAGUAAAUCAUGUUUUUCGCCGCGUGGCCAGCCACGUUGAACUGUCACACAGCAUGUUGCCGAAUUUCGACGCAACUGUGCUGGAACGUCGUCCCUGCGAAGGGGAAAGGCUUCCUUUUCGAAUGAUAAACCUAAAGUCUGGCAUUCAAUGCGUGGACCCCACAUGGCACUGUUGAGUCAUUUGCGCGAAAGAGAGUCUUAUGGGAGCUCCCACAUUCGACACGACAUAGGGUCGGGGCGAUGCGCAACGUUAUGGUACCUUUUCACCUUUUCUUCGAUCGCUGAGACUUCUGCUCUGUGGCUGCCAACGGGUUGACACUGCGGCAAAAAACCGUCUCUUGAGACGGGAGGCAGACGGAUUUCCAGCAAGAACAACGGCAUGUGAGUACGCAUCGAAGUCAGUGAUCAGCAAGUGUUCUACCAUGGACAGAACCUUAAGUGAAUCAUCGCAGUCUAACAUUGCAGUCGGCCGGAAACCAAGUUU